GUUUCGGAGUUCUUCAAACGCUUUUCCAUGCACGAUUUCACAACAGAGCCAUAAGCAACACUUCGUCCCCGCCACUGCAACACCCAGCCGACGCUCAAAAUUAUGCAAAGUGGAAAAAAUACGAUGUCGUUUCGAUCAAUCUUCGACGCGGGAGAGCUGAAAUCAGAACUGGAAAAGUCCGGGGUCAAGCCUAGCUUUAUCCCCUACAUAUGGAAGCAGGUGAUCCAAAACCCCGACGCCCAAUUGGACCAAAUUCCGUCUUUACCCUCCGCCGCGUACCCUCUUCUAACCUCAAAGUUCAAAACCCUUACCUCCUGUGUCCACUCGGCCAUGAAUUCCUCAGACCAACUCACCACCAAGCUCCUUAUAAAGCUCCAGAAUGGGGCUCUUGUGGAGGCUGUGAUUAUGAGGUACGAUACCCGCUUGGGAAAGUACAAUGGGAAGCCCCGCCCUGGUGGAAUGAGAUCCACCUUGUGCGUAUCAUCUCAGGUUGGUUGCAAAAUGGGUUGCACAUUCUGUGCCACUGGGAGUAUGGGGUUUAAGAGUAAUCUGACCUCGGGGGAGAUUGUGGAGCAACUGGUUCAUGCUUCUCGUAUUUCGCCUAUACGCAAUGUUGUUUUCAUGGGAAUGGGGGAACCAUUGAAUAACUAUGGCGCCUUAGUGGAAGCGAUUCAUGUCAUGACUGGACCACCAUUUCAUUUGUCGCCAAAGAAAAUUACUGUGUCCACGGUUGGCAUUAUUCAUGCUAUCAAAAAGCUUCAUAUUGACCUUCCAGGGCUGAAUUUAGCAGUUUCACUGCAUGCCCCUGUACAAGAAAUUCGUUGUCAGAUAAUGCCUGCAGCUCGAGCUUUUCCUUUAGUAAAGCUUAUGGAUACACUACAAGAAUAUCAAAAGAACACUCAGCAAAAGAUCUUCAUUGAGUACAUAAUGCUUGAUGGAGUGAAUGAUGAAGAGCAAAAUGCACACCAGCUCGGGAAAUUGCUAGAGACAUUUCAAGUGGUGGUUAAUCUAAUACCCUUUAAUCCAAUUGGUGAUCUGAGUAAGUUCAGCACCAGUAACGAAGAGAAAGUAUCGAGUUUCCAGAAAAUCUUACGAGGUACUUAUGGCAUCCGAACAACAGUUCGUAAGGAAAUGGGUCAGGACAUAAGUGGAGCAUGUGGGCAGUUGGUUGUGAACAAGAGGUCAAUUGAGAACACAGUUCUCUUAACUGAUAUAGAAGAUCUUCAGGCCAGAUAGGUCUCUUCUUGCCACAGGAGGUGUAAUGCCAUCAAAGUAAUCAACACUGCUCUGCAGGACAAUUUGUCUUCUUGUAAUUUUGACAACUUUGUAAUUCAUUCUGUUAUUUUUGUGGUUGCAGAAGCAAAAUUUCUUUUGUAAUUUCAUCCUAUUAGUUUAAAAUCUUCACUAGAUACACCUAAAACCUUUUCUUUGAACUUUUUCCAAUUAUCUCACCAAA